GUCUCCAAGGAGCGGACCGGGGCACCGGUUUCAAAGUCGCAGGGCGGGCCGAGCGGACUUGGCUGCCGGCCUGGGGCUGCUCUCCGUGUCGGCGUCGGAAGCAGGGAUGCCGCCUCCAGGCCGCCCGCCGGCUCCCUCGGUGCUGUCCUAGCCCGUCCGGCCCCUGGGAUUCGUCUGAGCGUGAAGCGCAGUUCCCCCGGAGUGUGGCCUGGGGAGCGGGAAGGCAGCGGGCGCCUGAGAGGGCUGCGGAUGACACCGCUCGCGAGCUGCGCGACCUCGCCAUCCCUGCCCGAGUUCUGUUCUCCCGCAGAGCGAGAAGGUGGUGAAAGCGCCAAAUUAAACCUACCUCGACAUGGCCACGGAAAUUGAUUUUCUGAGAGAUCAAAAUCAAAGACUAAAUGAAGUACUUAGGCGGUAUCAAAUGGAAAAUUUUUCCAAAUAUUCAUCUGUACAGAAAGCUGUCUUCAGAGGAGAUGGAGAAGAUAUGUUAGAAAAGUCAGUCGUUGACCAAAGCUUUUUAGCUUCUCUCAUUACUGAGUAUGAUAAACAUCUAGAAGAACUAAAUACACAGCUGAAAUAUUACCAGAAACAGGUGGGUGAGAUGAAACUACAGCUUGAAAAUGUCAUCAAGGAAAAUGAAAGGUUACACAAUGAGUUAAGAGAUGUUGUUGAAAAGCAGUUGGAGGCCCUUCCCAUUGGUGCAGAUAUAGGAAAUGACCUAUAUAAAGAUGACGAAACAAUCAGGAACCUUCAGGAACAAUUGCAACUAGCCAAUCAAGAAAAAACUCAGGCUAUAGAACUCUGGCAAACUGUUUCUCAAGAGCUGGACAGACUGCAGAAACUUUACCAGGAAUAUAUGACUGAGGCGCAGAUUCAUGUAUUUGAGAGUCAAAAACAGAAGGAUCAGCUGACCAGUUUUCAACAACUCACGAAGCAACUCCAUGUUACUAAGGAAAACAUAGAAACAACUAACCAACACUUCCUGAAGACCAUUACUGAACAGAAUGCAGAAAUUGAAGAACUCCGAAAGCAACUUAGGAAAGCCAAGUUAGAUCUUAGAGUUGCAUCAGCUAAAGUGGAAGAAUUAACUAAAGUGACAGAAGAUCUUCAGGGACAAAUGCAUAAGACGGAGGAAGAUAUGAUGUCUGCCCAAGGAAGAGAGGAAGCCUCAGAUAGGCGCUUACAGCAGUUACAAUCCAGCAUAAAGCAAUUAGAAACAAGAUUAUGUGUGUCAAUUGAAGAAGCCAAUCAGUUAAGAGCAGAAAAAACACAUCUGGAAAAACAGACGAGAGAGCUACAGGCAAAGUGCAGUGAAUUAGAAAAUGAGAACUAUGAAGCUAUUCUAAGAGCCAGAAAUAGCAUGCAACUCUUAGAAGAAGCUAACCUUCAAAAAAAUCAGGCUCUGCUUGAAGAGAAACAAAAAGAAGAAGAUAUAGAGAAAAUGAAAGGGACAAUCUCACGACUUCUGCAAGAAGCUGCACUCAGAACGAGUAAAGAAGUUACAAACACGAAAAAACAGUAUAAUAUACAGAUUUCUCGGCUCACAGAAGAAAUUUCAGCCCUUCAAAUGGAAUGUGCCGAAAAACAAGGCCAAAUUGAACAAGUCAUGAAGGGGAAAAAAGCAGUGGAAGAAGAACUAGAAAAGGUUUACCGUGAAGGCAGAGUAAAUGAAGGUGAUUACAGAAAGCUAGAGCAAAUGCACCAAAGAUGCCUGGCUGCAGAGCGUUCGAAAGAUGAGCUUCAGCUAAAACUGAAGAGAGCAGAAAAUAAGCUAAAACAGCUGGAAAUGAAUUCCUCAGAAAAGAUAUCACGUUCUCAAGAAAUGAUUCAGAAACUUCAAAAUAUGUUGGAGUCUGAGAGAGAAAACUGUGGAUUUGUUAGUGAUCAAAGACUGAAACUUCAGGAAGAAAAUGAACAGUUACAGAAAGAGACUGAAGAAUUAAGGAGGAUUGCUCUGGAUGCACAGAAAAAAGCCAAAUUAAAGAUCAGUACAAUGGAAUAUGAAUUUUCACUAAAGGAACGUGGAUUUGAAGUUCAGUUGAGAGAGAUGGAAGACAGCAAUCGAAAUUCCACUGCUGAGCUAAGGCACCUCUUAGCAGCUCAACAGAAGGCAGCCAGUAGAUGGAAAGAGGAAACAAAGAGCCUCACUGAAAGUGCAGAAAUUAGAAUCAAUAAUCUGAAGAGUGAGCUGAGUCGACAGAAAUUUCACACCCAAGAGCUUCUUUCUCAGCUGGAAAUGGCAAAUGAAAAGGUAGUUGAGAAUGAAAAAUUAAUUCUAGAACAUCAAGAAAAGGCCAACAGACUUCAGAGGCGCCUGAGUCAGGCGGAGGAGAGAGCUGCCGCGGCCUCCCAGCAGCUCAGUGUGAUUACAGUGCAGAGAAGAAAAGCAGCCUCCAUGAUGAAUCUGGAAAGUAUUUAAAAAUAGCCCCUGCUAGUUCACUCACAGAACUUUAGCAUUGGGAAGCUGGCGGACUAGAAGUGUACUGAAACAGGAAAGCCUGCAGAGCAUGGCUGGGGCUUGUGUCAUUUUGCAUAAGCUUCUCCCAUUCUGUUUUGAGGCUUGUUGGACAACAGAACAGUAACAGCUUCCUGUAAGAAAAGAAAAGAAAAUCCUCCAUUGAGCUUCAGUGGAGAAUAAAGCCAGCUGAGAAGAA